AUGGUGCCUGAAAUGAUCAAUAGAAUAAAUAAAAGUUUUAAAAAGAGGCUCGUUUACCUAAUGCACUAUUAUUCACCCCUUCUAAUGCGAAUACCAAAGAGAUUACCUUCAUGUGAUCAAGUAUUCUGUACUGGAAAAUUGUUUGUGGUGACACCAUCGUGGUGCCUUGAAGGGGGAAAGGAUGAAUGCUCAACCAUAGAGACAAUUCUAGAAAAUAAAUUCAACGUUUUACACAUGGGAAAGUUUUUAAACAGGAACAGAUUUAAUGUGCAAAUUCGUUGCACAGAUUUCAAACAAUAUCAGACGAUAUCAGGACAUGUAACUUGUAUCGAUCUUUUUAUAUUUCAUUGUAUUUUGCUACCCGUAAAAAAUGAUGUUUGA